AAUAUUUGGUUUUAUAAAUAAAAGUUGUUGGUUAACAAAACAUAGUCCGUUGGUUAUUUUCAAGGGCUGAAGCUUCAAAAUAAGACCUACUAUGCAGAUUUUGUAUGUGACCUGUUUAUGUGUAGCCCUACUUGGCUGUGUCAUGGGAGCAAAUGUUCGCUGUGGCCAAACAGGUGGAGUGUCAGGAACCUGUAACAAGGUGAUUAAGGGGUAUAUGUAUAGUGCGCCGAAGAAGAGUUGCUUUUCCAUGGUUCUUAGAGGCUGUGCAACUCAGGGAAAAUUCUUUGACACCAAGAGCGACUGCGAAGAAUGCCUGACAUUUUAAUAAAUAAAUUAUGUCUAUUUGUUUUCAAUAGUA